AUUUUUAUUUUUAAGCACUCAUUAGCAUAAGGAUUCAUUUGAAUACAAAAAUAUUAUGUUGAAUACAUUCUGUGAACAAAGCACUGUGCUCGAUUUUUGCACAGAGCUUAUGUCCCCUGCUCUCUAGAAAUUGACAGUCUAGUAAAACAGAUAUAAACAAAUAGCACAUCAUUAAGUUCACUAAAUAAAACUCUUUUGUGUGUAUGGUUUAAAAAUGUAAUAGAGAAAAAAAAAACAAGCCAAGAAGUAUGACUAUGAAAACCAUAUAAACAUUCUGUAAUUUUGAAGAUGCUGCCAUACUAAAAGUGCACCUGCAUUCAGAAUCUAGUGGUCGUGGAAGGCAGCAAUACUGGAAAUUUCAUGAGAUUUUAAACUACAAAAAUUUUUUAAUGUGAUUAAAUUUUUUCAUGUUUUCCUGCAGAAGAUUUAAAAUAAUUCAUAAUAAUUACAAAGCAAUUAAUUACAUUCAAAUAAAUGGAGAACUCUUCUUAUAACGUUGAUUUCACUUAAGUUCACUUGAGAGAAUUCUGCUUUUUUUUGUAUGGUGGAAAGAGUGAUGGGGGAAACACUAUAAGCCAAGAGGUAUGAAUGUGAAAACUAAACACAUUAUUUCCUAUCAAAGGCCUAAUAUUAAGAGUUAAGGAGGAAGCUGGGCGGGGGUGGAGGGGAUUAGGAAAUUUUUAUCAACAAAUUUUUAAAGAACGUUUUUAAAAGAAACUUUGCUGAAAAAAACUUACCCUCACCAAACAAAACAACCAAAUAAAUCACCAGACCUUUCCAAAUCUGUGUUGAAAAAUACUGAGAUGAGCAUCACAGGAGACUAAAGCAGCCAGGACAAAAAUCAGUAUUCUUCCAGCAGUCAGGCGAGGUUUUCAUAACACUUGGAAAUCCCCUUAUGGUCUAUAAACUGGCAUAAGAACUGAGUUGAACACCCACAUAGCAAACGCCUCCGGCUCUUAGAUGUGACCACCAGCGGGCAUACCGGCGGUGAGUUGCAGCCGGAUUCGAGCCCCGCCCCGGGGAUGUGGCCUCGAAACCGGCCGCUCUAGGCCCGGCGGGCGCUCUCUAUGAUCCGACGGGCUGUGUGUUGUCAUCGGCGGAGCGACGGCCGGGGGCGGCGGCGUAGGCCCCGGCGGGGCGUUUGGUUUCGGUUUGGCCCUGACUGGAGUUCCUAUUGACAGUCGAAAUGGGAGUUCCCAAGUUUUACCGAUGGAUCUCGGAACGGUAUCCCUGCCUCAGCGAAGUGGUGAAAGAGCAUCAGAUUCCUGAAUUUGACAACUUGUACCUGGAUAUGAAUGGGAUUAUACAUCAGUGUUCCCAUCCCAAUGAUGAUGAUGUUCACUUCAGAAUUUCAGAUGAUAAAAUCUUUACUGAUAUUUUUCACUAUUUGGAGGUGUUGUUUCGCAUUAUUAAACCUAGGAAAGUGUUCUUUAUGGCUGUGGAUGGUGUGGCUCCUCGAGCAAAGAUGAACCAGCAGCGUGGAAGGCGGUUUAGGUCAGCAAAGGAGGCAGAAGACAAAAUUAAAAAGGCAAUAGAAAAAGGAGAGACUCUUCCUACAGAGGCCAGAUUUGAUUCCAACUGCAUUACACCAGGGACUGAAUUCAUGGCCAGGUUACAUGAACAUCUGAAGUAUUUUGUAAAUAUGAAAAUUUCUACAGACAAGUCGUGGCAAGGAGUUACCAUCUACUUCUCAGGCCAUGAGACUCCUGGAGAAGGAGAACAUAAAAUCAUGGAAUUUAUCAGAUCCGAGAAAGCAAAGCCAGAUCAUGAUCCCAACACCAGACACUGUCUUUAUGGUUUAGAUGCUGAUUUGAUUAUGCUUGGAUUAACAAGUCACGAGGCACAUUUCUCUCUUUUAAGAGAAGAGGUUCGGUUUGGUGGCAAAAAAACACAAAGGGUAUGCGCACCAGAAGAAACCACAUUUCACCUUCUACACUUAUCUUUAAUGAGAGAGUAUAUCGACUAUGAGUUUUCAGUAUUAAAAGACAAGAUCACAUUUAAAUAUGAUAUUGAAAGGAUAAUAGAUGAUUGGAUUAUGAUGGGAUUUCUUGUUGGCAAUGAUUUUAUCCCUCAUCUACCUCAUUUACAUAUUAAUCAUGAUGCACUGCCUCUUCUUUAUGGAACAUAUAUUACCAUCCUGCCAGAACUUGGGGGUUAUAUUAAUGAAAGUGGGCAUCUCAACUUACCUCGAUUUGAAAAAUACCUUGUGAAGUUAUCAGACUUUGAUCGGGAGCACUUCAGUGAAGUUUUUGUGGACCUAAAAUGGUUUGAAAGCAAAGUUGGUAACAAGUACCUCAAUGAAGCAGCAGGUGUUGCAGCAGAAGAGGCCAAGAACUACAGGGAAAAGAAAAAAUCAAAGGGCCAGGAAAACUCCAUAUAUUGGGCUGCAUUAGAUAAAAAUGUACAAGGGGUAACUGCUAAGGACAAUUUAGAAGAUGAGACUGAAGAUGAUGACCUAUUUGAAACCGAGUUUAGACAAUAUAAAAGAACAUAUUACAUGACAAAGAUGGGAGUUGAUGUAGUGUCUGAUGACUUUCUGGCUAAUCAAGCUGCAUGUUAUGUUCAGGCGAUACAGUGGAUUUUGCACUAUUACUAUCAUGGAGUUCAGUCCUGGAGCUGGUAUUACCCCUACCAUUAUGCACCUUUCUUAUCUGAUAUUCGCAACAUCAGUACACUCAAAAUCCAUUUCGAACUAGGAAAACCUUUUAAGCCGUUUGAACAGCUUCUUGCUGUACUUCCAGCAGCUAGCAAAAAUUUACUUCCUACAUGCUACCAGCAUUUGAUGACCAGUGAGGACUCACCAAUUAUAGAAUAUUAUCCACCUGAUUUUAAAACUGACCUAAAUGGAAAACAACAGGAAUGGGAAGCUGUGGUACUAAUACCUUUUAUUGAUGAGAAGCUAUUGUUGGAAGCCAUGGAAGCAUGUAACCACGCCCUCAAAAAAGAAGAAAGGAAAAGAAACCAACACAGUGAGUGCUUGAUGUGCUGGUAUGAUAGAGACACAGAGUUCACCUACCCCUCUCCAUGGCCAGAAAAGUUCCCUGCCAUAGGACGGUGUUGCACAAGGUAUCAAAUAAUAUCAUUAGAUGCUUGGCGUGUAGACAUAAGCAAGAACAAGAUAACCAGGGUUGACCAGAAGGCAUUAUAUUUCUGUGGAUUUCCUACUCUGAAACACAUCAAGCACAAAUUUUUUUUGAAGAAAAGUGGGGUUCAAGUAUUCCAGCAAAGCAGUCGUGGAGAAAACAUGAUGUUGGAAAUCUUAGUGAAUACAGAAUCAGAUGAACUUAGUAUAGAAACUGUAGCUUCAUCAGUGCUUGGAAAGUCUAUCUUUGUUAAUUGGCCUCAUCUUGAAGAAGCUAGAGUUGUUGGUGUAUCAGAUGGAGAAACCAAGUUUUACUUGGAAGAACCUCCAGGAACACAGAAGCUUUAUCUGGGAAGAAUGGCUCCACCAACUAAAGUUUUUCGUCUUGGAGACAAAGAACAAUCUAACUGGACAAAAGAAGUACAAGGAAUUUCAGAAUACUACCUGAGAAGGAAAGGAAUAAUAAUAAAUGAAACAUCUGCUGUUGUAUAUGCUCAGUUACUCACAGGUCGUAAAUACCAAAUAAAUCAAAAUGGUGAAGUUCAUCUAGAGAAACAGUGGUCAAAACAAGUUCUUCCUUUUGUUUAUCAAACUAUUGUCAAGGACAUUCGAGCUUUUGACUCCCGUUUCUCCAAUAUCAAAACAUUGGAUGACUUGUUUCCUCCUAGAAGUCUGGUCUUCAUGCUGGGAACCCCCUACUAUGGCUGUACUGGAGAAGUUCAGGAUUCAGGGGACGUGAUUGCAGAAGGUCGGAUCCGUGUGGUUUUCAGCAUUCCGUGUGAGCCCAAUCUCGAUGCUUUAAUACAGAACCAGCAUAAAUAUUCUAUAAAGUACAACCCAGGAUAUGUGUUGGCCAGUCGCCUUGGAGUGAGUGGAUACCUUGUUUCAAGGUUUACAGGAAGUAUUUUUAUUGGAAGAGGAUCUAGGAGAAACCCUCAUGGAGACCAUAAAGCAAAUGUGGGUUUGAAUCUCAAAUUCAACAAAAAAAAUGAGGAGGUACCUGGAUACACUAAGAAGGUUGGAAGUGAGUGGAUGUACUCAUCUGCCGCAGAACAGCUUCUUGCAGAGUACCUAGAGAGAGCUCCAGAACUAUUUUGUUAUAUAGCCAAAAAUAGCCAAGAGGAUGUGUUCUAUGAAGAUGACAUUUGGCCUGGAGAAAAUGAGAAUGGUGCUGAGAAAGUUCAAGAAAUUAUUACUUGGCUAAAGGGACAUCCUGUCAGUACUUUGUCUCGUUCUUCUUGUGAUUUACAAAUUCUGGAUGCAGCUAUUGUUGAGAAAAUUGAGGAAGAAGUCGAAAAGUGCAAGCAAAGAAAGAAUAAUAAGAAGGUACGAGUGACAGUAAAGCCCCAUUUGCUGUACAGACCUUUAGAACAGCAACAUGGAGUCAUUCCUGAUCGGGAUGCAGAAUUUCGUCUCUUUGACCGUGUUGUAAAUGUGAGAGAGAACUUUUCGGUUCCAGUUGGACUUCGGGGCACCAUCAUAGGAAUUAAAGGGGCUAAUAGAGAAGCUGAUGUACUAUUUGAAGUAUUAUUUGAUGAGGAGUUUCCCGGAGGCUUAACAAUCAGAUGCUCGCCUGCUAGGGGUUAUCGACUGCCAACGAGUGCCCUGGUGAACCUUUCUCAUGGGAGUCGCUCUGAAACUGGAAAUCAGAAGUUGACAGCCAUUGUGAAACCACAGCCAGCUGUGAAUCAUUAUAGCUCAAAUCCAUCGGUUUCAUCUGGGCAUUUAGGAGGCCUGAACCAUUCUCCUCAAUCACUUUUUGUUCCUACACAAGUACCUACUAAAACUGAUGAUGAGUUUUGCAACAUUUGGCAGUCCUUACAGGGAUCUGGAAAGGUUCAACACUUUCAGCCAACUCUACAAGAAAAGGGUGCAGUUCUACCUCAAGAAAUAAGUCAAGUAACUCUACAUCAUAAAUCUGGCUUAAAUGACAACGAUGUUAAAUGUCAGCAAAGAAAACUUGAGCCUCAUAGAAAAUUUAAAGAAGAGUGUAAAAGUCCUAAAACUGAGAGUGGGGCACAAAAAAUAUCAAAUAAGCAAACGUUUGGAGGAGCUGCCAAAUGUAGUAUUAAGCUAUUGAAGAGAAAUGAAAGUGCAGAAAUCUCAGAAAACCAAAAGGUUGUGACUGGUUAUCCAAAUGUUAUUGAUAAGCCUAACACUGGAAUUGAGAACUUUUUAGCAUCCUUGAAUAUCUCCAAAGAAAUUGAAGUACAGUCAUCUCGUAAUGAGGAGGCUCCAAGUGAAGCACAUUUGUCACCACAGUCAUUUGCUCUGAAGGGAACUCGGAUGCUUAAAGAAAUUCUAAAAAUUGAUAGCUCUGACACUGUGGACCAUAAGAAUGAAAAGACACAGUAUGGUAAUGAAGUUGCUCUUUCCUCUAAUAGAAGAGAUGAAUAUGGACCUUCCUCACAGACUAAACAAAAUAAGAAAUUACCAUCUUACAUAAGCCGGCCUCACAGCACUGGUGAGCACCGCAGCACCCAGCCUCCAGACAGCGUGUGCUGGUCUGCUCCCAGCCACGCCCCUCCUGUGGCCACACCAGUCACCGAACUUUCUCGAAUUUGUUCCCUUGUUGGAAUGCCACAGCCAGAUUUCUCCUUUCUCAGAACCCCACAGACAAUGACCGUUUGCCAGGUAAAAUUAUCUAAUGGCUUGCUGGUCCAUGGGCCACCGUGCCAUUCUGAAAAUGAAGCUAAGGAAAAGGCCUCACUUUUUGCUCUACAACAAUUGGGCACCUUAGGAGUGAAUUUCCCUUUGCCUCCGCCAAUAUUUCCAAAUUAUCCUCCUGCUAUACCACCUGGAACCAUUCCUUCGGUUUUUCCCCAACCUACUGCUAAUAUAAUGCCUCCAUCAUCUCAUCUCUUUGGCUCAAUGCCAUGGGGACCGCCAGUGCCAGUUCCUGGAAAGCCCUUCCAUCAUCACACUUCAUAUUCCGGGACCAUGCCCAUGGCUGGAGGGAUGGCAGCUGGUGUACACAACCAGUUCAUACCUCUACAGGUUACUAAAAAAAGGGUUGCAAACAAAAAGAACUUUGAAAAUAAGGAGGCCCAAAGUUCUCAAGCCACCCCUCUUCAGACUAUCCAGCCAGGGUCUUCCGAUGUCACCAAAGUGAUUCUACAGGAGAACUCAUCAGCUUCCCUAAAGUCCUCUCAGAUUCCUCAACCUGCACCUUCUUCUCAAGUUGAAGCUGCCUCCCAAGGCCAUAGUACAUCUCACCAUAAGUCAACAGCAAGCUCUUCUUCAAGAAGAAAAUCAAGAAAACUGGCUGUCAAUUUUGGCGUUUCUAAACCUCCUGAAUAAAUUUGGUACUUGGAAUUAAAUUAAUUUCUUUCCACCCACCUUUUUAUAAAUCCAUAUCUGUGUCAUUAAAAAAUUAGAAUAUGCUAUUUUAAAAUAAUGUGUUUCAAUUGAAAAUUUUUAAGUUGUCAGGCACUUUUCAUGCUGUUAAAUGACUAUCAAAAUGUGCAUCUCAAAUAUGUGCAGUUUGUUUCAUGUCAAUUAUCCCUCAGUAAAGCUGUUUUAAAAAGACUAAAUUAAACCUUCUGUUAAAAUAAUGCCAGUGGACUGAGCAGUGAAAUGUACCACUCUAACUACUGGCCUUAUCAUUAGAAGCAUCCUGAACUAUGAAUUAGACAUAUUAUAAUAAUAAACAUUUUUUACACUGUCAUUGAGGGAUAAUUACAUGGAGCAUGAAAAUUGGGCCUCAAGUAUAAUUUACUGAAUGUGGGUUUUAUUUUUUUCUUUAAUUAUGUCUCAGAAUUGUCAAGAUAAUGCCUCUUAUUUAUAGUAGUUUACCUUCGGUUCUGUUGUCUGUGAAGGUCCUUUAGACCUGCUGUGAAAUGAUCACACCUGUGGUGGUGCUGCCAGUUUUGCUUUAUUCUAAAUUUUGUACCAAAGCAACUUUAGAAAACUGAUCAGAAUAUUUCAUUUAACCACUUAGAACUAUAAAUAGCAAUCUAAAUUUGAGUAACUAAUUACAAUUUUUUAGACCAUUCAAGAACCAGCAUUUGUAACUUCUAAUAAAAUUAAGUUUCAAAAUCUACAGGGUACAAUGAUUACAAAUUAAUCUCUUAACAGAAUAAAGUACAAAAUAGUAAUCAUGUUGUUAAUUAAAAUAAAUUGCGUUAUUUUUUUGUAUAGCUUUUUACCUGCUUACUUAAACAUAUAUGAGGUCUCCAUUGUUCGUCCAUGUGUAGUGCUUCCUGGGACUGAUGAAAUUCUGAUUUUUUAAAAAUUCCAAGGUGUGCUAUAAUAUGGGCACAAUCACUUUGUGAUGUAUGUUAUUUACAUGACAAAAGCCUCUCAUUCUGUUUCCUUAUUUUGAGCUUUAUACUGAACUGUUCAGUGACUGGCAUUCUGUGUUUGCAUGUCAUGUGUGGGUGUGUAUUGUACAAGCUGUGGCUGUUGAAAUUAUUUUAGAAUUUAUGAAAAUUUAUCAAUGGUACCAGGGCCUGAGUUUUUAUAUAUAUAUUUAUCCUUUAGUUUUUGUGAUAUGCUUAUAUUUUUAAGAAAGUAAGUUAUACUUUUUAAAAAGUAGGAACCACAAUUUUUAUAUGGAGCUGCUGCUUCUUAUAUCUAAUUUCAUUUAGCUCAUUGAAAACUCUGCCAUGAGUCUUAGUCUAUUUGUUUUUUUAAAUGCUGGUAUUGAACUAAAUGGAUCCCUUUAACUGCUGAUGUGAGAAUGUUGAUGGGACAUUUGUAUAUUAGUAGUGCCUUUAGUGUAAGAGAUAAAUGUUCAUUAUCUGUCAUUUGUUGUAGUCAUUUGAGUUUCUGUGAUUUUAUUUUCUGUUGAUUUCCUAGAUUCAGAUGUUCAUUGGUUUCCACCAUUUCCUUGUUGGGAAUGUUUGUUUAUCUGUAGUGGGAUCUUGAGUAAUGAAGCUCAGGUAAUUCUCAGUGUUUGUCCUUAUAGCCUCACAAACUCUUUAUUUGUUUUAAAAGGAAAUAUCUAUUAUGGGAAUACAAUACAAAAAAGUUAAAUUGUGACAGUAAUAUUCUGUUAACCUCUUCUUUAAAGUGUGUAAUAUUUUUCACCUUACGUAACUGUACAAACCCCAGCAUUCAAGAAUUGCCUCACUCAUCACUCCUGUGUAACUGCUCUGUACAGAGUGUACAGCCCACAUCUUUUUUAGGUCACAGAGGAAGGAACACAUGCCAUCUUCUGAAAACUCCAAGAGAAAUCUCAGUAAGCUGAGUGCCACUGAACCCAUAGGGUAUGUCACCAGUAUUUGAGCAAAGCAAGGUGACAGUUCGACAUGGAUAGGCAGUAAAAGUGUUUUUCUUUUCACUCCUUCUCUUUUUUAAAAACCUAUUAUUCUAAAGGUCAAACUUGAGGAGAGAUUAAAACAGAAGACAACUCUGUGAUGACUAGAUACUGGUAGGCAUUCAUGUAGACUCUUCUCCUUGUAGAUCUAGGCCCAACAUGGGCCUGCAGUCAAUAGGAGGCAGAGGCUGUUUUCGUGAUAAUCCCCGGGAGACUGGACAGGAAUAUUUGGGGAAACUUACAAUGUUUUUCUUUCGGAUGGGACAGACUCAACCACCCCAAAGUUUAGAAACGUCUAUCUAACUGUUGAUUCUGCAGUGGACUGUCUGUGAAAACGGUGGACGUGUAGGCACAGAACAGCAUAUCUCCCAAACUGCUUCAUGUUUCCACAUGUCCAGAGCAGUUCAACCUAAAUAUCCUUGUUCAAUAAAUUUUUUCUUUGCUUUUUGGAGCACAUUAAUGAAUUUUAAUGAUUGAUCCUCUAGUUCCAUUGUUUCUUUUCACAAUUUCCUACAUUUCCUGAGUUUUAUAAUAUGAUAGAUAGAGUGUAUUAAUUGAUUUAAACAUUGGGUAGACCAAAGUCUUAAACAUCUGAGACUCAGUUGCAUGAAAAAUUUAUUUCACCUGUCUGUACCUUGGUUUCAAUUUAAGACUUUUCCUGUUUUUCAGAGGGAACAGUAGUUCUUUGAGAACUAACAAGAUAAAGAGAUAUUUUUUUUCUCUAUUGGUGGGAGGGAUGAAAAACUUGUGAUGGAGAUUUGUUGUUGUUUAUUUCCUUUUCUCUGAUCAGGUAUUUGCUUUGGUUUUAGACUGAUAUUUUCAAACCAAUCUAGAUUCUUGGUUUUAAGGGGUGGGGGCAGAGAGAAGGUAGUUGGAAGAAGGAAACCAGUUAAAUUCAACAUAUCUAAUCACUGCAUUUCAGACUGUAACCUAUUUUUCUAGCUCAAGGAAAUAGAUAACCUUUCAGGGUCUAAUUUAUUCACUCAUUUUUAAAUCAUCUGUUCUAUUUGUAUUAAUAAACCAUACAUUUUCAUAGUGAUUGUCUAAUUUUUAUCUUAAGAUAAAUAGAACUGUCCAGCUCUCCACUGAAGUUUGUGCUAACAUGCUUCUUCUCAUUGUUAAGAGCAAUUUUUUAAAACAACUGUACAAUAUCCUAGCUUUUUGAGCUUGCUGUAUUUCUUAGUACCAUCUAGCUUCCAAAUUGUGCUAUUAUUGUGGAAGAGAAUUAAUUUAUUUGAGAGAAAUGACCAUGACAGGCAUUCUCUACCUUUAAAAGAAAUGAAUCAGAGAAGGUCCCUUAUCAUUUUUUUAGAUAUAAUGAUAGUACUGAAACAGGCAGUGAUCUUUAUGUACAUUUUGUAAGCUUUGCCAGUGAAACAGUCUUUUUUGAAGGAACUUCCUUUCCUACUCAGUAUAAAGCUUAAAAUUAUAGAAAUGAAUAUUUUCCAGACUGAUCUGGUUCAUAUUUCGGUCAGACUUCACGUGUUGAAACAGACAGCCAGCAGAGCAAAGCGACAGGCAGGUGGAAAUUUCACUGUUCAUACUGAGUUAACAGCUCAAACAUCACAGAUGCUCCUUUUAGAGAGAGAAAAAAAGUGUAUGAAAUAGCUUUAGUAGUUAAAAACAUCAGCAACUCAGAGCUGCGCGCGCGCGUGCGCGUAUGUGUGUGUGUGUAUGUGUGAGUGAUCCAGCAGUAACACCUUGCUCAGUCAGUGCGUUCAGCCAUCUCAAGUGCAAUUCGUGAUGGAGACCCUGUUUCCAGCAGAUAAAGUUUUACAUAGUUAAACCUGUAAAAAUUAAUUUUUUCCCACAGUACAUUCAUUGCUAUUGAUUAUUUCAGCAAUUGGUGUAUUAUUAAAUUGCCCACGCCAAAUAGUUAAGUUUCUGUAGAUGUUUUAGUAAUUCAAAGCCAAAUUCUUCCAAUUCUUCUACCAUUUUUUUUUCUUUAAGCUGAGCCAUCCUGCCACCCGUUGGCAGCUCAGCAGCAACUCAGCUCGGGCUGGGAC